AUGCAAUGGCAGCUGUCUCACAUCUCCUCUCCACAGGGCUUCGUGAAAGUAGUGAAAAGUAAGGCGUACUUCAAGAGAUACCAGGUGAAAUUCAGGAGAAGGCGAGGUGAAUAAUAAAUAAAAAAAUUGUUGAUGUAAUGCACAUGUACUCCCCCUUUGGCGAACCACUGUCUCAAUAGAUUCUAGAACAAACAGUGUUUUAAUUGGCUUAUUUAUUUUAAUGGUGAAUGCUGGAAUACUAACCAGUUGUCAACUUGUGUGUUAAAUUAGCUGCUUCUUGAUGAUGAUUCCAAGAUCUCUGAGCAAUUUGUAGUUGGUCCUUCAUUUGCAACAGCUGAUGGUUUUUGUUCUUUCAAGAUAAGGCUGAGAGAAGCAAGAUUAAUUAACUACUAUUCGAUGUGCUGAAGAUAGGAAAUAGCCAAUUCCUAGACUAUUGGCAAAUGCUGGCAUACUAACCAGUAGUGUGAUUUGUUUUUGACAGAGGGGAAAACUGACUACUUUGCCCGUAAGCGCCUGGUCAUCCAAGACAAGAACAAGUACAACACACCCAAGUACAGGAUGAUCGUGAGGUUCUCCAACAGAGAUAUCUGCUGCCAGGUGAGUGCUAUGGAGGGCUGCUGUGUAUAGGCUUGGUGGGAUUUCAACAACUAUUUAGAUAUGGAAACCACAUCCUGGCCCUCACUACUUUUAUCUAUUUCUUCAGAUCGCCUACGCCAAGAUCGAGGGAGACCAGAUUGUCGGUGCUGCCUACUCCCAUGAGCUGCCCAAGUAUGGCAUCACCGUGGGACUGACAAACUAUGCUGCAGCCUACUGCACAGGCCUUCUGCUGGCCCGGAGGGUAAGGGUCACACACUAUGGCAUGCUAACACACAUAUUGUAUUCAUACACAUACUGAAGUCUCAUACAGAGAAGAAUGCAUAGCUACAUGCACGUCAUUGUGCAAUCCCAUAGAGAUGACUACAUAUGCGUGAGCGUACAGACUCUGGUUGACAACGUCACUGUGAUUCAACUGGCAAAGGAUUUAUUUUUAAUUUUUUUAAGGGAAAGGAAUUGAUGUCAGGGGUUUGAUGAAUUUUGACUAACACCUUCCACCACAUCCUGUACCAGUAUCAUUGUGCUGACAAACCAAGACAGAUCUGACCUGUGUGGACUUCCCUUUUCGUGUAUAGUUUUCUGAUGCUAGUACAAGCUUAUCAUUUUGUUGUCUAAUACACUGAACUAUUUGUUUUGAGGGGGGGGGUAAUCUGGUGUGGGCAUAUUCCUUACCUGCUUUGACAGUCGGCUCAGUCUGAUGUCCAACAGCACAGUUAAUGCAACACAUUUUCAGUUUAGCAAGCUUCUAUUCAUUAGACGAUGUGAAUUGUCAAAAGGGGUUGCUGCUGAAUGUUAGACUGCAUUUCUCUAAUGAAACAUCUUUGUCUCUCCUCAGCUGCUGAACAAGUUCGGCCUGGACCAGGUGUACGAGGGCCAGGUGGAAGUGACCGGAGAUGAGUUCAACGUGGAGAGUAUAGACGGCCAGCCAGGGGCCUUCACGUGUUUCCUAGACGCUGGGCUCGCCAGGACGUCGACAGGAAACAAGGUGUUCGGAGCACUAAAGGGCGCCGUUGACGGUGGCCUCUCAAUUCCUCACAGGUUAGUUAGUGAUAGUUCGAGAUUUUGGCAAUUAAGUUAUUUUAUCUACUUCCCCCCCCAGUCAGAUGAACAAGGGAUACCAUUUUUAUGUCUCUUCGUCCAGUAUGAAGGAAGUUUCUAACAAGCGUCAGUGCAAUUGCUAAGUAGCGUUAGCUAGCAUGCUAGCUGUUCCUGAGAUUACCAGUCAUUGUGCUAACGCUGGUUAGCAUUGGCGCGCAAAACUAACUUCCUUCAUACUGGACGCAGAGACACAUGGUAUCUGAGUUUAUCUGACACUGGGGGAAGUAGGUAAAUGGCUUCAUUGCCAAAAUCAUGAACUAUCCCUUUAAGUGCAGCUGUAUCCCCUCUUUUGCCCAUCUAGGACCUGAAGUGUCCUAUAUGACCAACACAGAGGGGUACAGGAUGAUAGUUCUCUCAUAAACCUGUAGUGAAGGCUGAACUCCUCACUGCGGAUCCUGUCGGGAGAUACAAUGUGUCCAUGUCUCUUCUCUUGGUCUUCGCUGUGGAAAUGUUUGAAUAAUGAAUGGCCAAGACCAGACCAUCGGCCCUGUAAUAAGCCAUGGCCUUUGUCAUUAUAAAAUGUGAAUAUGAAGAACGUGUUUCUAUUUGACUAUUCAAAGUCACUGGACACUAAAUCAACCAAAGUAAUCCAGUGUGGUAUCACCAUCGUCUCCUCCUCAGCACGAAACGAUUCCCUGGCUACGACAUGGAGAGCAAAGAGUUCAACGCAGAGAUGCAUCGCAAACACAUCAUGGGCAUGAACGUGUCGGACUACAUGAGUUACCUGAUGGAGGAGGACGAAGACGCCUACAAGAAACAGUUCUCGCGCUUCAUAAAGAACGGAGUCACGCCAGACACAGUAAGUCCAUUGGCACAUCCCACUGAGUCAGACAGUAGAAAUGUAAUGCCUGCCAGACUGAUGGUAGUCACUCCUGGUCCUGUAAUGGGAGGGUAUCAGUUGGUUUGGCAAUUCCUUUCUGACACGUAAAGUUGUUAAAUUCACUGCUUCUUGAUGAUGAUUCCAAGAUCUCUGAGCAAUAUGUAGUUGGUCCUUCAAUUGCGACGGCUGAUGUUUUUUUGUUCUUUCAAGACGGGGCUGAGAGAAGCAAGAUGAAUUACCAGUGCUGAAAGGCUGUUGGAUUUCUGUGACUCGUCCCAAACUGCUACCCUACCCGUCUAAACAAUGUGUUGUUCUUUCAGGUAGAGGAGAUGUACAAAAAAGCACACGCCGCCAUCCGAGAGAACCCAGUACACGAAAAGAAACCCAAAAAAGACGUCAAAAAGAAGAGGUGGGUUUGUCACCGUUGCUGGCUAUCCACAUGGGAAUGCUUUGAAAUUGUGCAUUGGGGUAGUGCUUCUUGAUGAUGAUACGAAGUACGCUGAGCAAAAUGUAGUUGGUCCUUCAUUUGCAACGGCUGAUGUCCAUUGUCCUUUCAAGACGGGGCUGAGAGAAGCGACUGUAUACUGUAGAUCCACUUAUAGCAUCAACAUUGAGCGGUCUGCCAUUAAUCUUGUUUAUUGUGCUGAUGGGUAAUCGGGGCAUUGUUUUCUGUCGCAGGUGGAACCGUGCCAAACUUUCGCUGGCACAGAGAAAGGACCGCGUCGCCCAGAAAAAGGCCAGCUUUCUACGAGCACAGGAAGCCGAGGCAGCGGACGGUUAG